AUGCCUCAAGGAUGGGCGUGCCAAGGCUGCAAAGUCAAAACCAAAACAGACCCGACGAUAUCCUCGAAGGCAUCAAAAACGUUAUGUGGUGAUAUGUCGUCAGAAGAGUCAACUCCUCAAUCAGAUCUAAGUGAGAAUACACCCACAUCUAACAACCGCAUGCUACGGGAGUUAAUGCAGGAGAUAAGAGAUCUGCGCAGUGAGCUGAGCAAAACAAGAACUGAGAUUGCGGACUGUAGGAGGGAGAUUCUCGACUUCAAAGCAGAGCUGCAUUCAUGCAGCGCACGUUUAACUGCCUUAGAAGAAAAAGUGUCUACACUGGAGACGAGCUGCGAAGUAAAAUCUCCCGGCAAUGUGGAGAAGCUCGAAAACACAAUUACCGAUUUGAAGCGACAAUUAAACGAGCGCGAACAAGAAUCUCUGCAUAACGACCUGGAAAUCUCCGGCCUGCCUGAAGAAAAAAAUGAAAACAUCUUGCAUGUAGCCGGGCUUAUAGCCGUAAAGCUAGGCAUAAAGUUGGAGGACCGGGAUGUUGUAUUCGCGGAGCGGGUGGGCUUCUCGCGUUCAGCGCGCAACCGCGCCGCUGAGGACGCGGCCGCGUCGCCGCGCCCACUCACCAUCGUCGUGAGGCUGGCGCGUCGAGCCCUGCGCGACGACAUGCUACGUGCUGCGCGUGUGCGCCGCGGCCUCACCUCAGCCGACAUCAGCAUGCCGGGGGAGCCGCGCAGGUUCUUCGUCAACGAGCGCCUCACGCGGCUGAACCGACAGCUGUUUGGCAUGGCGCGGGAAGCUGCAUCACAAACCCAGUGGAAAUAUGUUUGGACGAGAUAUGGUAACAUUUUUGCUAGGAAAGAUGACGGUAAGGUAGUCGAGCGAAUUAAAAAUGAAAAUGACAUAAAGAAAAUUUUUAUAUCU